ACCGCUCGCGGCGCCGCCGCCCGCCAUGGCCGACAUGCCGGACCUGUCGCACCUCACCCCCGAGGAGCGCGCCAUCAUCGAGGGCGUCAUGAUGCGCCAGCGACAAGAGGAGCAGCGCGAACACGAGAUCAUGAGACGCAAGCAAGAUGAAGUUGCCGUGUUGGAGCAAACAAUCCGCACCAGGAAUGAGAUGCAACGCGCGGCCGGAGUGGAAUUAGCAGCCACCUGCCACAUCUGUCUCAAGACCAAGUUCGCUGACGGAGUGGGGCACUCGUGCCACUACUGCAGAGUGAGGUGUUGCGCGCGUUGCGGCGGCAAAGUCACAUUACGCUCUAAUAAGGUUAUAUGGGUCUGCAUUCUAUGCCGCAAGAAACAAGAACUCUUAUCUAAAACUGGACAAUGGAUAAACAAAAACACCGGCCAAGAUCCCAUGUUAUGGCGCAUGGAAUCGGAUUUGCGCGGAUUACCGCCUCAGGCCGACGCUUCCCUGGAUAAGAGACCAAAGCUAGAACGAGCUCACAGUGCAGCGGAGAAAGAGAACCAUCCCUUACAAAGAUCAGGCAGCGCUCUGCGCCGGCAAUACAGUCAGCAGGAGCCGCGCUGCUACGGGGAGCUGGAAGGUUUGGCCCGCACGCAUCCGCACCUCGUGCACCCGCGGCAGAAGGCAGCGUACGGGGUAGAGGAGUCUAUGCAACACCCGCCUUCGCACCUUCUGCCUCACCCGGGAUCGCACCCGCCGAUGCCCCCGCGGUCCUCGUCAUCCGACGACGAGGUUCCCGAGUGCGUCUCUGACGAGAACGACGAAUAUCGCGACCGCGGACAACUUGAGGCGUGCGGGUCUCUCCGGCAUCCCCACCUGCGCAGCACGAGCGUGGCUGUCAACAAUUAUUACAAUUUGACUAACCAUUCGCCGGGCGCUUACGAGGCAGAGGCGCGCGGGUUUGACGCGGCGCGCGCGGCGCCGGCCGGCGGCCGCAGCUUCGACUCCGUGACGGACUGCCGCUGGCGCGCGCGCGACGACGGCGAGGGCGCGUACCUGCGCCCGUACGCGCCGGACGAGGGCCCGCGCCCUGACAGAGCUGUAUAUAAGAGUGCCUACUUGUGGGAGGAUUCUUCCGACAACAGACGCUUCACUGAGAGGAGAAAAAAGACUGUACGCUUUGAUGGGCACGAAGGUGCAGCCACCUUCCCCAGAGGCGGUCGAGACGCCUCCGGCGCGCCCCAGGACUGGGCCUCUCUUCGCUGGGAAUCUGAACGACAAACCAGCCAAGAUUCUGCAACCAAAGACUCGGGCAUCGAUACCUCUAGCACCUUCACAUCGAGUGAAGAUUCAAACAGAGGCGAUUGCCCUAAGUUCCCGCAAAGCUGGCAGGUGUCAGCCGACGGCAGCCGAAUGAUUGGGCACAUGGUGUUACGCAAAAGCGUGGUGGAAGGUAGUUCCCACUCCUCCGCUGCUAUACUAGGGCUCAAAGUCGUUGGAGGGAAACUGCUGCCCGAUGGGAUGCGAGGAGCUGUAGUUGAAAAGGUCAAGAAGGGUUCUAUAGCUGACUUAGAAGGACAACUUAGGAUAGGAGAUGAAGUUUUACAAUGGAAUGGAGUACCUCUUCAAGGUCGUAGCGCCGAGGAGGUCGCGGCGGUGGUGGCAGACAGCAAGCACGAUUCGCAUGUAGAGUUGGUGGUGUCGCGCCCGCUAGCUUCUUCUCGAUCUUCGGCACAGCCUUGGAGGACUCAUAAAGGUAAUUUAGAGGUAUACACGGAAGUGAUGGGCGGGUGCGAAAAGCCGAGUGUUCUUGUCACGUCUCCUGGCUCUCCCGACGUGCACGCGCGUAGACGCCCGAGGCACAAUCAUCACAACGCUAACGUGGCAGGGCGCAUACAGCUGAAGAUAUACUUCGACAUCAGUGCUCUUCAGCUGCUGGUCACGGUGGUCUCAGCGAGCGGUCUCACGCCCAGAGCAGACGGCUCUCCUCGGUGUCCUUACGCGAAGAUAUUCCUUCUGCCGGACAAGAGCGAAAAGAGCAAACGCAGAACAAAGACUCUGGCCAAUACCCUGGAACCACGAUGGAACCAAACUUUCGUGUACUGCGGCAUCAGAAUCACUGACAUCAAAAAACGAACUUUAGAGGUCACCGUCUGGGAUUUAAAUCGUUACGGCCCAAACGAUUUUCUCGGCGAAGUCUUGCUCGACCUCGAUAACAUUGUGAUGAACCAUGAACCGAACUGGUACACGCUGAAGCCUCACGAAGAGACUGCGAGUUUUAGUAGAUACCGCGAGGAGGAGGCGGACGGAGAGCACCUGUCACCCCCCUCUACGUCCACGUCGCGACUGUCCGACUCGGACACGCCCAGCGAGUGUGACCUCCGCCGACACCACUCACUCUCCAGUCUCGCUUCUAGCUCCAGCCCGCCGCCCACUCACGAGCGAAUGGACAUGGACGGAAAUCGUAAUAAUCGACGAGACAUGUCACCGGCGGGUCGUGUGCGCGCCGCUGGAAUGUCCAGAGAAAGGAGCGCGGGCUACAGCGUGGCGCGCUCGCAGUCGGCGGCGGGCGUGGCGCGGCCGCAGCGCGCGCGCAGCAAGUCGCCGCGCCGCUCGCUGUCGCCGCCCGCGGACCGCGACCCCUGGCGAUACUCAGGUGCCGCACUCGGCGCCGACUCGACUCUACUCACCAAUCGAGAUCACCGGCAUCCGAAAUACCCUCUGCCGAACCACACAAUCCGAUUGGUCCGUGGAUGUCGAUCAAAGCGGGACCGAACCCCGCACGGAACACUUCCAUCGAGAAACGCACGUUCUCUCGUUGCGUCCGCUCAUCACCACUUUACUGCAACUUACUGUUUUGACUUCCUCGCUCUUAUUCCACUUUAUCUUUUAUUUCACGCAUCUUCCGCUGACCUUGUCCUUCUACCUGAUAAGUGCACGCUGUCACUUGGUCUAGGCGAGGAUAGAGGCGACGUGUCGCGGCUGCCGACGCACGCGUACGCGCCGCGCUUCCAGUCGCGCUCGGCCACGGCCACGCCCACCACUAGCCCCAAGAAGCGCCAGCUGCCGCAAAUUCCCCACCAGAGUGGCCAGAGGGCAGUGCGGGCGCAAGUGUCUGCGGACCUGGAGGAACGUAAGUGGAUCGCCCCGCAUCACAUUGGCGCCACACUCACCUACCGCAGCACGCCGCAAGGUUGGGAGCGGCACUACGCGGGCCUAUCAGACUCCGAGCUGGCCGCGCGCGGGGGCACGGGCUGGGCGCCGCCGCGCCGCCGCCUCUCGCCGGACGCCGCCGCCGCCGACUCCGACCUCGAGUCCGUGGCCUCGGUCACCUCCAGCGCCUUCAGCACGCAGUCCGAGAGGCCGCGACCCACGCGAAUGCUCAGCCGGCGACGAAUACUUCCUCCGAACAGUACAUCUUCCUCUUGCGAUAGCGCUACCCCUGUCCCUAAUCACUAUCGCUGCGAGCGGCUCCCUCGCCGUCUUCUGCCGUACGUGUGCAUACCGGCGAAUGCGGAGCGCGCGGUGCGGCGGCGGCUGCGGCCCCGCGGGGACCCCGCACCCGUCCCGCUCCCGCACCGCGCCCGCCCCUCUCGCCGCCUGCGCCGCUUACUAGCCCGGAGCCGCUCGGCCGGCUCCACUAGAGACUACCCCUAUCGCCACGCUUACGAACGAAGUCACAGCUGCCCCGAAUACCCCGUUCGCGUCGACACAUACAAAAUAACAGAAAACCGAAAAGACUACAUAUUCCAAAUAGCUUUACCUCGCUCGAUUAAACAUACACAUAACGUUUCUAGCGUGACCGUGAACAGGGAACAGAGGAAGGCCGUACCGAUGAAUUUGACGCACUACAGUCAACCCAUGCCGCCUAGAGCGCAAGUGAACCAGCUCAGAAGGAACUUCCAACCCAGACAGGAGCCGAUACCUUGGCAUUCUAUGCGUCCGAUGUCAUUAGAUUGUUAUCACUAUCAAGCGCAAAAUUCAAAAGAACUAAAACGAAGAAGAUUGCCAAAUAUUCAGCAGUUACAAAAUGAUCGGAUUAGAUCUCUACCUGAUAUACCAGCGGUGACUGUAGAUAAUAUUAGAUGCGAUAAAUUUAAUAAUUUCGUCGCAGCUGGGAGUAGUUUCGAACACGUAACACAAAACGAAGAAACUACCAAAUAUCAUGGUUAUGAUAGCGAUGGCAGCGAAGCUGAAACUACUAUCCAUGUUAGUAUUGAGAAACAAAAUAGUUUCGAAAACGCUAAAGCGGAUAAAUGCGAUUUUGGAUAUGACUUAGGAAGUAGAAAUCGUAGGUCUUCAAUGUCCAGCAUCAUGGCAAACAAUAAUCGAAAGAAAAUUCUCUCCCUUGAUUUAAGGUCUAGCUACGAGCCAAAAGUUUCAAUGCAGUCACAAUCAUUAGAUAUACCAGUUGGUGAUGAACCUAAAUGUGUGCCUAAAUUAUUGACGCCAAAAAGAAUUUCCGAAAAUAAUGCCAACCAAAAUAAUUCUGAAUGUAAUACUGUUCAUAAAGUAACCAAUAAAAAAGACGCAAAAGCAAAAGAUACAACCAGCAAACGUCGACGUCAUUCGGAUUCCUUAGUAAUGUUAAAAUCUUCACCUGAAAGUCUAACAACGCCAGAAGACAUACGAGGUCUUUUUAAAAAAAUGAGUAUUACAUCAUUCAGUAUUUCAGAAUCCGUAGACCACACAGAUAAAUCUAACAAAAAACAUGGCAACGUUAGCAUUAAUGAAAUACCAACUUUCCAAGAAUACUGCUCGCCUUCUUCUUUGUUUCCGCAAUGUAGCUUUGACUUACCUUCAAUAAAACCUUUACCAUCUAUUAUUAAGAAAGCUCGUACCCGAUCUCAUUCUUUAGCAUCUACUGACCAUUUAGAUCAUGAAAUAAGUAUGAUGGCUAAUACUAUGUUUAUUGCUCUUUCUCCUCCAAACCUCGGCUCGCCCCGUCGCGUGCUCACUCCUGUCGCCUCACACCUGCCACUCGAUGACAUCCAUCACGACUCACAUAUCGCGGCGCCGCUAUCGCACUCGCCGGAUCAACCGCCCGCCGCCACUGAAACGCCAACUGCGCAAUCCGUGGCGCAACGCAUCUGCGACCGGGUCAACGCGGAACACAACAAAACACAAUCGGCUGCGGCGAAAAAACAACGGGGGAAACCUGCGUCACGCCGGGGAUCGAAACGCAGCAACGACUAUGGCGGGCGCGACAACGGGCGCGGCAACAACCAGCCGCAGCCGCUGGAGCGCCGCGAGUCCCGGCGCGGCCAGUUCACGCGCAGCCUGAGCAACGCUGACGUACCUCCAGAUGAAAAAGCAGAUGGAAGUCUCAGCGACACGGCUCUGGGCGGAGCCGGUGAACUGGAACCGGUCAGCGAUGACGUGCUGCUGAAGGCUGAACCACGAGACUACUUCGGUCCCGGGAUGGGCAAGAAGAGUAACUCGACGUCCCAGCUGUCAGCUACAGGACGAAAACGGAGGUUAGGUUUCGGUAAACGUGGGAAAAAUUCGUUUACGGUACAACGCAGCGAGGAGGUGGUGCCCGGCGAAAUGCGCGGCGCCGGCGGGGUGUCGCGCGCCUCCUCCGCCUCCAGCGAGAACGACGACGACAGAUGGUCCCCUGGCAUGCGGGGGUCGGGGUCGUCGGACGGCGGGGGUCUGUCGGACUUCAUUGACGGCCUGGGCCCGGGCCAACUCGUGGGCAGGCAGCUACUUGGAGCGCCCACUCUGGGAGACGUCCAACUAUCAAUGUGUUAUCAAAAAGGAUUCCUUGAGGUGGAGGUAAUCCGCGCCAGAGGCUUACAGGCGCGACAAGGCAGCCGGACUCUGCCGGCGCCGUACGUCAAGGUGUAUCUAGUGAGCGGCAAGCGCUGCGUGGCUAAGGCCAAGACUAGCACCGCGAGGAGAACGCUCGACCCACUGUACCAGCAAACGCUCACCUUCAGAGAGAACUUCAAGGGAUGCGUUUUGCAGGUGACUGUAUGGGGCGACUACGGGCGUAUUGAGGGCAAAAAAGUGUUCAUGGGCGUGGCCCAGAUUAUGCUCGAUGACCUAAACCUUUCCAACAUAGUCAUUGGAUGGUACAAGCUUUUCGGAACUACUUCUUUGUAACCGAGAGUACAGCACUAUCUACAAAGUGUUUGGAGAACUUAUAUCAUCACAAUAAAAAAAUGUCCAAAUAAUACAUUUAGUGAUACUGCUUUAAUAUCAUGAUAAAACGCGAAAUAUCUUGAAUAUAGGAAAUUUUCUAUAAAACGAAAGGUAUAAUUAAAUAAUGAUUUGUAAUUAAUUUUCUUUUGGAAUGCCUACCGGAGUUUUGAAUAGAUAGCAUUUUAUAGCAAUGAAACAAAUGUAUAGUGUACUCAAUAAUAUGUAAUUAAGUAUUAAAAGCCAAAUGCAAUUUC